AUGCGUCGUUUACAUCAAUCUCUCUUCUUAACAAGAAUGCAAUGGUCGCAGUAUAUAAAUAGUGCUGCGUACAUUCACCUACCGCGUCCUCCCUUUCCUGGUGCUCUACUCUCUCAUACGCAGUCAUUACCCAUCUCUCCACUUUGCCACAGUUGUUGUCACUGCAGUGGUUGUAGUAAUAGUAAUAAUAAUAAUAAUAAUAAUAAUAAUAAUAAUAAUAAUAAUAAAUCUAAUAAUAAAACUAAUAAUAAAACUAAUAAUACUAACAAUAAAAAUAAUACUAAUAAUAACAAUAAUAAUAAUAAUAAUAAUAAUAAUAAUGAUACUAAUAAAACUGAUACUACUGCUAAAGAAGAUAAAACCUUUAUAGGAGGAACACUUAUUCAAUCUUUACAACACUCCCAACCUCCUCGUGGUAGUGGAAUUCAACCCUUACUGGAAUAUAAUAGACAAUGGGCUAGUAAAGUCGUCGAGUUAAAUCCAGAUUACUUUAAAACCCUCGCAGAGGCACAAUUCCCACAGUAUUUAUGGAUAGGAUGUAGUGAUUCUCGCGUACCUGCAAAUGAAAUUAUUGGACUUCUCCCUGGUGAAGUCUUUGUCCAUCGUAAUAUUGCCAAUAUUGUUUCCAAUGCCGAUUUAAAUGUUCUCUCCGUUCUUCAAUACGCCAUUGCCUGUUUAAAGGUCGAACACGUCAUCGUUACUGGUCACUACGGCUGUGGAGGUGUAAAGGCGGCAUUGGAAGGAGUAAGUGUGGGUCUCGCCGAUCAUUGGAUUCUGCAUGUGAAUUCCGUUAAACGUCGAUUUUGGAAACGAAUUGAACGACUUCCACAAAAGUAUCAUUUGGAUGUCUUGUGUGAAUUAAAUGUGAUUACACAAGUUUCACAUGUAUUGGAUACACAAUUAAUGGCACAGGCGUGGGAUGAGAAGAAUGUGUCUGGUGGGAAUCCCACGGUGGAGUUGCAUGGAUGGGUGUUUGGAUUAGAUGAUGGAUUACUACGGCCACUCUUAUCAUUAGAUCGCAAUACCGAUCACGCAAAGGCAAUCACAGAGGCAGAGGAGGCAGUGUUUGUGCGAUAUGGUCUUCAUGCACAGAGUUAA